UGGAGAUGGCUUAUACUGAAGUCACAUCUUUGAUGCACACUCUGCAGAGACUCAUGCAACUUCAUCCAAAAAGUGGAAAGAAAAUUGAAUCUCUCCUACAAAAGGUCAGUUUAUUGCAAGGUUUUUUUGAUGACACUGGAAAAGAUCAUGAGGACAUUAAGUGUUUAGAAGGAAUUAUUAGAGAUGUAUCAUGUAAAGCAGAAGAUUUAGUUGAGGAAAUUAUGUUUGAGUAUUCAUCUAGUUCAAGUUUAAAGAAGAAUGCAAUUAAGUUUCUUGGCGUUAAUCGAGUACUAUUUAGAAAGAUUAAAUCUAUUGAGGCUGCAAUUACUAGUGUUUAUAAUGACAUUUCUGCUAUCAAAGGUAGAUCAACACCGAGUUCUUCUGUGAACGGGUGUUCACGUGAUGUCACACAAACUUUGAGUUCACAAAAGGAUGUUGUAGUUGGUCUAGAUGAUGAUUUUUUACUAAUUGCAGAUAAACUAACAGGGUAUCCUGAUAAGCUUGAUGUUGUGGUAAUUUUUGGUAUGGGGGGUAUUGGUAAAACCACUCUAGCUAAAAGAAUUUUUAAUGACAAGUUAAUAGAGGAACACUUUUAUGUUAGAGCAUGGAUAACUGUAUCGGAACAAUAUAAGGUGAGGAAUAUGUUGUUAGACCUUUUGGGUUGUACUUCUAAAGUUCCGUUUAUAAUGGAUGAAAUGGAAAAUGAAGAAUUGGCUGAACGGUUGUACAAAAGUUUAAAAGGACAGAGGUAUCUCAUCGUCAUGGAUGAUGUUUGGUAUACUGAGGCAUGGGAUGAUGUUAGAAGAUAUUUUCCAAAUGACAAGAAUGGAAGUAGAGUGAUGGUGACUAGUCGAGUCAUGAAAGUUGCUCGUUUUAUCAACCCACUUAAUCCUCCACAUCAAAUGCGUUUCUUGACUGUAGAUGAAAGUUGGAAGCUAUUGCAAAAGAAGAUUUUGGGAUUAGAUGAUCCAAGCUUCUGCUGCGAUUAUGAAAUGGAAAGGAUUGGAAUGCAAAUUUCCAAAAAAUGCAAAGGAUUACCACUAGCAAUUGUUAUGGUAGCUGGAAUUCUUUCUAAAGAAAGCGCGACAGCUAGUAAAUGGAGUGAUGUUGCAGAAAAUAUUCAUUCUUCAUUUGUAACAGAGGAGUCGCGGGAAUUCUUGGAUAUACUAGCAUUGAGUUAUAAUCAUUUGCCUCAUCAUUUGAAGGCAUGCUUUCUUUACAUGGGCGCUUUCCCUGAAGACGUUGAAAUCCCUGUGUGGAGGCUCAUCAGGUUAUGGACUGCUGAAGGGUUUAUAAAGUUGGAAUCACCGAAGACGUUGGAAUUUGUAGCACAAGAAUAUUUGCAGGAACUCAUUGACAGGAGCCUAAUUAUAGUGAGUAAGAGAUCCUAUGAUAAUAGAGUCAAAACAUGUAGCAUUCAUGAUAUCUUGCGAAACUUUUGCCAAGAAGAAGCUAAACAAGAAAAGCUUUUGCAUGUUGUGAGAAAGUUGGAACCACAUUUUCCUCGAGGUGUUCACCGGCGCCUACAUUUCCAUUCAGACAUUUUUGCCUACUCCUCCUACACAUAUUCUAAUCCAUACGUUCGAUCUUUCUUGUCAUCAAAAGCAUGCUCGGUUUUAGAGGAUUCCUACUUCGGUUGUAUGGGGUUCAAAUUGCUUCGUGUGUUGGAUGUAGUUAACUAUUCCUUUUACGGUUUCCCAAUUCAUGUCAUAAAACUAGUUCAUUUGAGGUACCUCGCGCUCUCCAUCAAUUCUGAGCUUCCUAGGUCGAUAUCCAAGCUCAAGAAUCUACAAACCUUAAUCAUUUAUUGGGGAACCAAGGAAAUGCGCAUACUUCCGUUGGAAAUAUGGAAGAUGCCAAUACUAAGGCACAUCCAUGUGAAAGGAGAUGUUUUGUUAUUUGGAUCCCCCAUUGCUGAUCACUCUAAAGGGAACUUUCAAGUCUUGGGGAAUCUGCAAACACUUUGCACGAUUACUAUUAGCACAAUCAACUUUUCUCAUGGACUUGUUGCUACAUUACCUAACCUAAAGACAUUGGCCUCUAAUCUGGUAACUGGUGGAAACCAUGAUGCUUUCGAUGUGGAUUGGCUUGGCAGUUGUCUCAACAACCUAGAGCAAAUGUACUCACUUGAAACUCUGAAGUUGCUGUUCAACUUGCCAAUGAACAAUCCUCGUCCCCGUAAUUCUAUCCAACGAUGGAAUGCAUUCCCACCGAAUCUCAAGAACUUGACUUUGAGCUGCAGCUUUUUGCUGUGGGAAGAUGCUAGAGUUCUUGGGAACUUACCAAAUCUUGAAGUUCUCAAACUGAAAGAUUUUUCCUUCCAAGGGCCAGAAUGGGAAACCGAUGAAGAGGGGUUUCAUCGACUCAAAUAUCUGUUGGUUGAGAGCAGAGACUUGGUGGUUUGGAAGCAGGCCAGUACAGAUAGUUAUCCAUUUCCAGUUCUCCAACAUUUAGUUUUGAGGUUUUGCUACAAGCUAAAAGAAAUCCCUUAUGAAAUUGGAGAUAUCCCAUCUUUGCAAGUUAUCGAAUUGCAUUCGUGUAGCCCUUAUGCCACAAGACUCGCUAGAAUGAUUCAAAAAGAGCAAAUUGACUCGGGAAACAGUUGCCUUGAAGUUUUCAUUCAUCCAGCUAGAUAGGAAUUUGGACCCUUUAUAUGGUCU